CGAUGAGUGUUUGCUGCGGUCUCUUCGUUUCAUUCUCAGAAUCGCUGGAAACUCUAUUCCACACAUCCCCAGCUUUAUUUAGACCUCAAGCUUCUUUAAACUUUACAUCCCACACAAAUAUUCGAGAGGAAAUAUAUUUUAGACCGUUUAUGUUACCUUCGGAACGCAGAGAUUGCACCGGUGGUCAGAACUUGAAUUAUGAUAAGCAAAAUGGGAGGAAAGUCGUUUCUUGCUCACUGAAGUUGGGGGCUAUCCAAGUGGAAGAGGUGGCGGCAAGUCGGCAACACCACAAGCUCACUCUCUGAGAAAGACUGAGUCCAUCUUUACUACGUACAGUACCUCCUCCAUCGAGGUGGGCUAAGAUACAGUACCUCCUCCAUCGAGGUGGGCUAAGAUGAGUAUAACCAGUGAUGAAGUUAACUUCUUGGUCUACAGAUAUCUUCAGGAGUCAGGUUUCACCCACUCAGCGUUCACCUUUGGAAUUGAGAGCCACAUCAGCCAGUCCAACAUCAAUGGAACACUAGUGCCCCCUGCUGCCCUCAUCUCCAUCCUGCAGAAAGGCCUCCAGUAUGUGGAGGCAGAGAUCAGUAUCAAUGAGGAUGGCACAGUGUUUGAUGGGCGGCCCAUCGAGUCUCUGUCACUCAUCGACGCGGUGAUGCCGGACGUGGUACAGACGCGGCAGCAGGCCUUCCGCGACAAGCUAGCCCAGCAACAGGCGGCCGGCAGCAUGGCAGUUGUUGCCGCUAGCAACCAACUUAAUGCAACAAAGAACGGAGAGGCCACCGUGAACGGAGAGGAAAACGGAACACACACCAUCUAUAACCAGAGUGAGCCCAUGGAGAUGGAUGUGGACGUGGAGAUCCCAGCUAGCAAGGCCACGGUCCUCCGAGGCCAUGAGUCAGAGGUGUUCAUCUGUGCCUGGAACCCUGUCAGCGACCUGCUCGCCUCUGGGUCGGGAGACUCGACAGCCCGGAUCUGGAACCUUAUUGAGAACAGUAACAGCAGCCCCACCCAGCUGGUGCUCAAACACUGCAUCAGGGAGGGGGGGCAGGACGUCCCCAGCAACAAAGACGUCACCUCACUAGACUGGAAUAGCGAUGGGACACUCUUAGCAACCGGAUCCUAUGAUGGAUUUGCAAGGAUAUGGACAAAAGAUGGUAAUCUGGCGAGCACCUUGGGCCAACAUAAAGGACCCAUAUUUGCACUGAAGUGGAACAAGAAAGGGAACUGUAUCCUCAGUGCUGGUGUAGAUAAGACGACAAUCAUUUGGGACGCACACACAGGAGAGGCUAAGCAGCAGUUCCCCUUCCACUCAGCUCCAGCCCUGGACGUGGACUGGCAAAACAACACAACAUUUGCCUCCUGCAGCACAGACAUGUGCAUCCACGUGUGUCGACUGGGCAGCGACCGGCCGCUCAAGACCUACCAGGGCCACACGAAUGAAGUUAACGCUAUUAAGUGGGACCCAUCAGGGAUGCUACUAGCCUCCUGCUCUGAUGACAUGACUUUAAAGAUCUGGAGUAUGAAGCAGGACUCAUGUGUCCAUGACCUCCAGGCCCACAGUAAAGAGAUCUACACUAUCAAGUGGAGCCCCACCGGCCCAGGCACCAGCAACCCCAACGCCAACAUCAUGCUGGCUAGUGCCUCGUUUGACUCAACUGUGCGUCUGUGGGAUGUGGAGCGAGGUGUGUGUAUCCACACCCUGACCAAACACCAGGAGCCUGUCUACAGUGUGGCCUUCAGCCCUGACGGGAAGCACUUGGCCAGCGGCUCCUUCGACAAGUGUGUCCACAUCUGGAACACCAUGACUGGAGCCUUGGUGCAUAGCUACAGGGGGACCGGAGGGAUUUUCGAGGUGUGUUGGAACAGCACAGGAGACAAAGUUGGUGCUAGCGCUUCAGAUGGAUCAGUAUGUGUUCUUGAUCUCAGAAAAUAGCAUCCUGGCAGUGACUUUGAAGUUGGACCCUGCCAUCUGCAAACACUCUCAUAGCUCAAAGCAGGCCUGGCAACAUGGAGGACAUCCUCACAGGGCGGACACAGGAGACAUUUUAACAACCACAAAAUACUUAAUGACAGAGGCAAUCCUCAGUUUGUGGAUUUGUGUCUCCUGUUUAAGACCACAAAGAACAUUUCCUGGGUUAAUUAACAUACUGGACGAAAUCCAAUUUAUGAGGAAGAGGGUUUGUAUAGGAAGACAGACCGGUGUUUUGGGUGUGUUUGACAUGACAUUGUGAGAGAAAGGUUGUGUUUUAGAACGUAUCUAAGCACAUGUUAGCCCUAUGGUGUCCUGAGUUGAGAAACAAUAUGGGAGACAUGAGGAGAGUGACAUUGUUAUUGCUGCACUGGCAUUCUCAAAUUAUGUGAUGUUUAAAUUGUCCUCAGUGGAGAAUAGUUCCUGUUUAAACAGUACUUCUUGCAGAUUUUUCACAAAUAGACUUCUGAAAGUCAGAGUUAAAAAAGGUGCCGCUAUGCGGUAGCUCUGUGCUCGCAUUUAAUAACAUCAAGGUCAACCAAAAUCACCAAACUGCCAUGUUUAACUUCUCUAAGUUUGAAUGACAUUUAAUUCACUUUAAAAAGAAAAUAUGCAAAAAGCGUGGUUUAUAAACAUAUAUUCUCCCUUCUGGAUGUACAUUUAAUGAAUGUAAAAUAUGUAAAUUAGAAAAAUACACAGACGUAUAUACUGUGUAUAUAUGUUUAUAUUCAGUACACUUUAACGUAAUCUUCUAGACGCUCAAUACUGGCUUGAGCUAUCACGUCUUUUCUUUGCUGAUACUCGGUUACAAGACCCUGAUUCAAUUUAAUGCACGUCAGAUAGAUGUUUCUUUUGUUUCCAUGUAUGUUAUUUUAUUCUGACAAUUAUGUGUGUAUCAGGUUGGUGUGUUAAGUCAGGUGGUGCUGAAGUGGACUGUAGUCAUUUCACUGAUGGCUCUUUACACUUUAAGCCAUGGAGAUCUGUGCCUCAACGUAACUGAAUGGACCAUGGGUAAUGAUGAAUGGGAUAAAGAUGGGAUGUUACAUUCUGUAGGCUCUACCUGUUUUGUCAGGGUUACCCCUGGCUCAGGUCUGGGAUGUGAAACAGGACGUGUCUGUAUUCAGCCCUAAUGACCACCAUUGAAAUGGAAAUCAGAACAGACAGAGCACAUGCUGAUUGAGAAGGAGAGGAUGCUGUGAACAUUUGUAUUGUGUUUUCUUAAUGUUGCUUUAGUAGCAAAGUGUCAUCACUAGUCACCUACUGAGCUUUUCUUACAGUACUCCUUUGUUUGGCAGGGUGAUCGUUCUGGUGGAAACCCAGGUUACACGCUGACUGAUCAACCAGGCUCUGAUUGGUCAAAUGGAAGUCCUACUGUAGCUUCUAAGCUGUGAUUGGUUGAGUUGGGUUGAGGUCCCGACAUUGCCACCGCCUGAUCUAAUUGGUCAGAUUGGAUUUAUUUGACUUGCCUGUAUGAUGGAUUUAGCUUUGUGUGCAGUAUGUCUACUUGUACUUAUCGUGGUCUACCGUGACAGUCUUUUCAAACUAACAAGCCACCACUUUGAGAAUGCCUUUUUCUGGUCCAUUCUUUCAGUCAAGCUCAUUUUUAGGUCUUUUAGUCAAGCUCAUUUUUAGAGCACUUUUUCAGAAGGUAGGCUCAGCUUUUGUUUGGAUUUGUGCUGAAAGAGGAAGGCCAACAUUUCAUUUCAUUUUUUUUAAAAUAUAAAUAAUCUGGCGUUGAUGUUUUUUUGCUGAGAGCCAAUAUUGUCUGUGUCAGACUGAGAAUCGGGCUGUGGUUGGUGGCCAUCUUGGCAUGUUGAGAAGCCCAGUGUGGAAUAAAAUGCUGUGACUGACAGCGAUCUCUCUCCUACCCCAGGCUAGGAUAUGGUCAUCUGUUUCCAAGACUAAACAAUGAAUUCACACUCAAUGUCUCAAAUAAAUCACUCUAUUUUGAUAUGAGAAAA